AUGAAGUUCUCGCUGGCGACAGCGCUCCUUCUAUUCUUCGCCCGGGCCGCGUCCCUAACCUUUCCCCUGACUAAGUUCACCGAUCUAGUUGAACGAAGUGUGGACCCCAGAGAUACGGUCGAAAAACUGAACUUUAUGGAUCUAGCGAAACGCCGUGGCGGGGGUGGCGGAGGCCGAGGCGGAAGUAGCAAUGGAGGAGGCAGUGGAGGAGGCAGUGGAGGAGGUAGUGGCGGCCGCACUGGCUCGUCCAGCUCUGGCUCUUCUGGUUCAAGUAGCGGCUCUAGCGGCAGCAGUGGAAGCGGGCGCAGUGGCUCGUCGAGCAACGUCGGUGGCACCACCAGUUCCGGGUCUGGCGCUCGAGCAUCCUACGGCGGAGGCAGCUACUAUGCCGGCGGCUCGCGCACUCCCUAUAAAUCUGGCUCCCGGUCCGCUGGCGGCAUCGCCCCCUAUGUGCUGGGAGGAGCGGCCCUGGGCUUCUUCCCCGGUAUCUGGUUGUACAACGCCUACGCCUACCCCUACAGCCACCCCUAUCACUACUACAAUCAGAAUGCUCACUUGAACGAGUCACUGCCCAUAAUCUGCGUGUGCCAAGAAUACUCAGAGUGUGGCUGCGACAACAACAACAGCAGCACCUACUACGAGUCCCUUUUCAGCGGCACCGUGCCCAAGAACUCCAGCGUAGUGCGCGUAGUGAAAGAGAACGGCACCAACACCAUAUACAUCAAUGGCACCUUGCCCAAUGGCACUACAGCAGCCGAUGGAAGCAAGAUUUCGACAUCCUCGGCGCCGGGGCCUCUUGCGACGGUAUUCCACGCGAGCGGGUACUGGGUGACAAUCGCUCUGGUGGUAACUGCCGUCUGGGGAUUCUAA